AGUAAAGAUACAACAACCGACAUGAAGCUUCUGUGCAGUGUGCUAAUCCUGGCCAGCAUUCUGGCUGCUAAUGCCAAACCCAACAUGCAAAUCCAGAGCGCCUUGGAUCAGUAUCUGGUGCAUGCCCGCAAUCUGAAUACCAUUGUUUCCGAGGAUGUGACCACGCAAUGCUUCAACCUCUACAUGCCCUUGCUGAACGAAGUGGCUGCCACCUUUUCGAAUUCCUACCAAGGAUGUAUCAGUACCGCCAAUGCCCAGACGGCCAAUCUGACCGCCCAGGCCGAUCAGCAGCAAAAGAUCUACCAGUCGGAGGUCACCAGCCUCUGCAGUGCCUUCACCUCCUGUGACAGCGACAAUGAUACCACCAGUUUCUUUAAUUGCUAUGCCAGUGCGGCCCAAAGUGAUGUCUCCGUGAUCUACGACCUGGCUAGCAAAGCUGCUGGAUCAGCCAGUUCCUUGACCUUGGGCAUCCAAGCCAUCCAGGACACGGAGUACCAGUGCACCAACACUACGGAGAACAACUAUGUCCGGGAUACGGCGGCCACCUAUGAUCUUCUGGACAACUGUCUGAAGUACGGAGUGCCCACUACGACCACGCGUGCCCCCACGACCUCCACCUCAGACGGGCCCUUCUAUUUCGAUCUUUGAUUAUUCCGAUGAGCCUCUCAAAAUUUGAAAGAAAAACAUUAGCAACUUGUGAAAGCAAUUGUAAUAAAUAUGUGUGCAUUUAAA